CUUCACAACUAUCUGCAGAGGGCAAAAGGAUUGUUUGCAUUCAGCCCUCUGCCUUCUCUUCAGGGCUCUCAUCCCACUAGUACGCACGGGGGAUUAUUAUUACUGCUAGCCUGCACUUUAUACUUCAGUUUUUUUUUUUUUUUUUUUUUUUUUUUUUUUUUGCAACCCCUUUUUGGAUUACGACAGAGAUCAAACCUGGAUCCCGCGAAAGCCUUUGGUUGAUUUUUGGCAGGUUUUCUCUGUUAAUAGUUGGCGGUAGCACAGCCACAAGCAGGCUAAGGCCAAAUUCAGACCUUCGUUCUUGCCUUGAAGCGGGAGAGGCUGCCAUCAUUUGAGUAAAGAGGACACAGAAGGAAGGAUGGGAGUACAAAAGGAGGAUGUGGAAAAGUUCCUCAAAGGGAACCCGGCUUUUGCUAAGGAGUACUUUGCCAAGAAGAUGAACCAAAGCACUAUAUCUGAAGUGUCAGGACUACAGGAAAUACAUGUGGACUUCAGCCAGUUUCAGGAACUCAGCCAGGUAGAGGAGAGUCGAAUCAUGUACAACUUGAUCACAGACAUGCAGGAGAACAUCAACAUGGAAAAAGUGGUCUUCAAGAUCCUCAAGAGAAUCAGCGCAUUGAUCCACGCCGACCGCUGCAGCUUGUUCAUGUACCGGCAGAGGAACGGCGUGGGCGAAUUGGCCACCAGACUCUUCAACGUCAGCACGCAGUCCGAGCUGGAUGAGUGUAUCGUGCCGCCCGAUUCCGAGAUCGUCUACCCGCUGGACUUGGGGAUCGUCGGUCAUGUAGCGCUGACCAAGAAGACGGUGAAUGUAAAGGAUGUCAAAGAAAACGAGUACUUCAGCUCAUUCGCAGACGAGCUCACAGAUUACCAGACCAGGAAUGUUCUGGCCACGCCCAUUCUCAACGGCAAAGACAUGGUGGCCGUGAUCAUGGCCCUCAACAAGACCACCGGGCCGCAUUUCACGAAUGAGGAUGAAGAUCUCUUUUUAAAGUAUCUGAAGAUCGCCACCUUGAACUUGAAGAUCUACCACCUGAGUUACCUCCACAGCUGUGAGACACGGAAAGGACAGCUGCUGCUGUGGUCAGCCAACAAGGUGUUUGAAGAGCUGACCGACAUCGAGCGACAGUUCCACAAGGCCUUGUACACGGUGCGAGCCUACCUCAACUGUGACCGGUAUUCUGUGGGCUUACUUGACAUGACCAAGGAAAAGGAGUUCUUUGACGUGUGGCCAGUUUUAAUGGGAGAGCAGCCGCCUUACUCUGGGCCUGUAACUCCUGACGGAAGGGAAGUCAAUUUCUACAAAGUAAUUGAUUAUAUAUUACACGGGAAGGAAGACAUCAAAGUAAUACCUAAUCCACCGGCAGAUCACUGGGCCUUGAGUAGUGGCCUCCCUACUUACGUUGCUGAAAGUGGCUUUAUUUGCAAUAUCAUGAACGCUGGGGCGGAUGAGACAUUUCAGUUCCAAACUGAGGCACUGGACAGCAGUGGAUGGACCAUCAAGAAUGUUCUCUCCCUCCCAAUUGUCAACAAAAAGGAAGAGAUAGUCGGUGUGGCCACCUUUUACAACAGAAAAGAUGGAAAGCCAUUUGACGAUCAAGACGAGCAGCUCAUGGAGGCUUUGACCCAGUUCUUGGGUUGGUCAGCUUUGAACACCGACACAUACGACAAGAUAAACAAGCUCGAGAACCGCAAAGACAUCGCACAGGACAUGGUGCUCUACCAUGUUAAAUGUCGGAACGAUGAAAUUCAAAAUAUCCUGAACACCAUAGACGUCUAUGACUGCGAACCAUGGGAGUGCGAAGAAGACGAGCUUCUUGAUAUCUUGAAAAAAGACCUUCCUCCUCUGAUAAAGAAAUUUGAAAUCUACGAGUUCCAUUUUUCUGAUUUCAAUUGUACGGAGAUGGAACUGGUCAAGUGCGGAAUCCAGAUGUACUACGAAGUUGGCGUAGUCAAGAAGUUCCAAAUCCCACAGGAGGUGCUGGUUCGUUUCAUGUACUCUGUCAGUAAAGGCUACAGGAGAAUCACUUACCACAACUGGCGCCACGGCUUCAACGUGGGACAGACCAUGUUCACGCUCUUGACGACGGGAAUGCUCAAGAGGUACUAUACCGACUUAGAGGUCAUGGCCAUGAUUACAGCAGGUUUCCUUCAUGACAUUGACCACAGAGGGACCAACAACUUGUACCAGGUCAAGUCAGGCAACCCACUCGCCAAGCUUCAUGGCUCCUCCAUCUUGGAACGUCACCAUCUAGAGUUUGGAAAAUUUCUCUUGUCUGAUGAGUCACUGAACAUCUACCAGAACCUGAACAGGCGACAAGUGGACCACGUCAUCCACCUCACAGACAUCGCCAUCAUCGCCACUGAUCUCGCUCUUUAUUUCAAAAAGAGGACUAUGUUCCAGAAGAUUGUGGACCUUUCACACACGUACGAAGAUGAAAAGAAGUGGGUUGAUUUCAUGUCUCUAGAAACAACCAGGAAAGAGAUUGUCAUGGCCAUGAUGAUGACUGCUUGCGACUUGUCCGCCAUUACCAAGCCGUGGGAGGUGCAAAGCAAGGUUGCCUUGUCUGUGGCGGCGGAGUUUUGGGAGCAAGGUGACCUGGAAAGGACAGUACUGGAACAACAACCCAUUCCAAUGAUGGACAGGAACAAAGCAGCAGAGCUCCCCAAGCUCCAAUGUGGUUUCAUCGACUUUGUCUGCACGUUUGUCUACAAGGAGUUCUCCCGCUUCCACCCACAAAUCCAACCCAUGCUAGACGGAAUCCUCAAUAACAGGAAGGAGUGGAACGCCAAAAAAGAAGAAUACGAGGCCAAACUCAAAGUCAUCGAGGACCAGAAGGCUGCAAAGCAGGCGGCCGCAGCCAGUAAAGCGGAUAAUGCCGGUGGUGGAGGCUCCAAGACCUGCUCGGUGUGCUGAAGGACUCAUGGGAAAUGUGAUGACUGGUGUAGUCACUGCCAAGGAAGAGGGGGAAAAAAAAAAAAAAAGGUAAAGGGAUCUUGGUCUCCUAAUAUUUCUGCAGCAAAAUUGGUGCUUAUCAAGAAGAAGCAAA